CGUUUUCAGAGCUCAGUCCCGACGAGCCGGUGCCCGACCUCAAGCGAGCGUGCCUCCUAUUUGCCAUCUCUCACCCCUGAGAGAUCCGCGGAACAACCCCCUUUUGUGAGGAAUUGCCUGACGGGGACCGGAGCAGCAUGGGACCCUUUGUUUUAGAGUCGGCCGCAGCGAAGAUGAGCGGCUUCCGCGUCCUGGUCAUCUGCGGCCCGUCCGGCACCGGCAAGUCGACGCUCGUCGGCCGCCUCAUGUCCGAGUUCUCCGAGAUGUUCGGCUUCAGUGUGUCCCACACGACGCGCAAGCCGCGGCCGGGCGAGAACGAUGGUGUCCACUACCACUUUGUCAGCCUCGACGACAUGCAGGCCGCCGUGCAGCGCGGAGAGUUUAUCGAGUCGGCCACUUUUUCCGGCAAUAUGUACGGCACCAGUAAAAAGGCCGUGGAAGACGUGACGAAGAAGGGCCGCGUCUGCAUUUUGGACAUCGACUGUCAGGGCGUGCGGCAGGUGAAGAAGGUGCCCGACCUGCGUGCCCUGUACGUGUUCGUGAAGCCGCCGUCGCUGGAAUCGCUGGAAGCUAGGCUGCGCGGCCGCAACACUGAGACCGAGGAGAGUCUGAAUCGGCGGCUGGUGGCCGCCAAGGCUGAGCUUGAGUAUGGCGAGCAGCCGGGCAAUUUUGACCUGGUGAUGGUUAACGACAACCUGGAUACUUCAUACGAAACUCUGCGCUCCUUCCUGCUGCCGCAUUUGCAAGCCCUGCGCUCAGCCUGCGUGCUCGCCUUGCAGAAGGGCUGGCUGCCACCCUGGAGAGGCUGCUGCGGCUCAGGAAGCAGGGUGUCCACCACCUGCACGCACCCCCGGCCUCAGGACGCCUAGGACUGCUGAGUUUCGCCUCACUCUGUUGCAUUUCCAACUUCCUCAUUUUCAUGCUGUUCAGCUUUAUUUUCGACGACAAAUGAUCACUCAAUUGUUGUUUUUCUGUUGGAUGAAGUUGCUGUACGUUUACUCCCUCCUUUAUUAUUUUCUCUUGCUCUUUUACAUGAAUAUAGUGAUCUAAGAAGUAUUGUACCGUGUAUUGUAAUAUAUUAUUGCAAUAAUUGAUUGCGCGUUUGCUGCUGCUCCAAGUGUAGUCAGCUAUCGUAAUAAAGUUGGAAAAUAGCAUUUUUUAGAAUGUGCUCAUGAAAAAAAACGAAUUUUCUC